AUGCUUCGUAAAGGGAUCACCUUCAUCGGAACAGCCGUCCAGCAAACGUUAAAAUCCCAGAAACACUUGCGAGUACAACGAUUUAGCGCGACAUCUGCAAAAUCUUCGGAAGAAAUCAACUAUGAGAUCAAGAAAAACGGAAAAAGAUUGAGUGGAGCCGAUUACGAAGAAUCUGUUCUAUCCUCGAUUUCAAGUGAAGAGAAGACUUUGAUCCCAAAAGCCGCAUUUGAUGUUUUACUAAAAGAAUACGACGAGUUGCAGACAGAGAGCAAAGACUACAAGGACAAAUAUCAGCGAUCUUUGGCGGAAACGGAAAACGUUCGUCGACGUGGAAUCAAGCAAACCGAUGAUGCCAAAGUUUUUGCCAUCCAAUCCUUCUGCAAAGAUCUUCUUGAGGUCUCUGACAUUCUUGACAUCGCGGUGAAAUCUGUGAAACCGGAAGAAUUAGAAUCGGGAGGAAAGGCAAUGAAGGAUUUGUUCGAAGGAGUUUCAAUGACACGGACCGUGUUGGCGAAAACCUUUGCUAAGCAUGGUCUUGUAACUGUUGAUCCAACAAACCAGAAAUUUGAUCCGAACCUUCAUGAAGCCGUCUUCCAAAUCCCUUCAGCUAAUGCGAAGCAACCAGUUGGACAUAUUGAAGUCUGCACAAAGAUAGGCUACAGUUUGAAAGAAAGACCAAUCAGACCUGCUCAAGUUGGAGUAGUUUCGCAGUAA